AUGGUUUCAUCUCUGAUUGCGGCGCGCUCUGCGCGAAGCAUCGUACCCAAUGCCGCCCAGAAGCGCUUACUUUCCGACAUUGCCAUCACCAGGACGGGCAAGCCAAUUAUUCGCACCGAGGGUGGAAGGUCCUCUCUUGGAGGUCACACUGCAACUGUUUUUGGCGCAACUGGUCAGCUCGGUCGAUACAUUGUGAACAGACUCGCCCGACAAGGAUGCACUGUUGUUGUGCCAUUCCGUGAGGAAAUGACCAAGCGCCACCUCAAAGUGACUGGAGACCUUGGGCGAGUUGUAUUCAUCGAAUACGAUCUACACAACACAGCUUCCAUUGAAGCCAGCGUUCGUCACUCUGAUGUUGUUUACAACCUUGUUGGUCGCGACUAUCCGACCAAGAACUUCUCUCUAGCCGAUGUCCAUGUCGAAGGAACCGAACGCAUUGUCGACGCCGUUGCGAAAUAUGAUGUCGAUCGUUACAUCCAUGUGUCCUCGCACAAUGCCGACAUUGCUUCAUCGUCGGAGUUCUUUGCUACGAAGGGACGCGGUGAAGAAGUUGCCCGAAGCAUCUUUCCAGAAACAACCCUCGUUCGCCCUGCUCCAAUCUUCGGUUUCGAGGACAACCUGCUUCUGAAGCUCGCUUCCGUGCUUAACCUCUUCACGGCCAACAACAUGCAGGAGAAGUUCUGGCCUGUCCACUCAAUCGAUGUCGGCGCUGGUCUGGAAAAGAUGCUGUACGAUGACUCUACUGCUGGUCAGACUUUCGAACUAUACGGCCCGAAGCAGUACAGCAUGGCGCAGAUUGCGGAAAUGGUCGACAAGGAAAUUUUCAAGCAACGAAGACACGUCAAUAUUCCGAAGGCUGUGCUUAAGCCCGUUGCUGGUGUUCUAAACAAGGUCCUUUGGUGGCACACUAUGUCAGCUGAUGAGGUGGAGCGAGAGUUCAUCGACCAAGUUAUUGAUCCUGAGGCCAAGACUUUCCAGGAUCUUAGUAUCGAGCCCGGUGACGUAGCUAACUUUACCUACCAUUACUUGCAAGGAUUUCGCAGCCAGAACUACUAUGACCUACCCCCGGCUACGGAGAAGGAGAAGCGUGAAGACAAGAAGUACAUUCAUGUCUUGGACGAAUUGUAA